AUGGGCAUUCUCUGCGUCUUGGUUUCGUGUUUGGCAAUACUGGAUGUGGCUAUAUCAGUCCCGGCAAGCACUUCGAAGGGCGCAGUGGCUCCAAAUUCAACACCAGCUGGUCAAACGCCCGUUGCGAAGAAAUUGGGGAACGCCAACAGUACUGAGAAUGAAAUACUUGACAUCCCCGACGAGGAUUGGGUGUUCGAAAAUAAAACAGCAGUGGACACGCGUAGGAUACUGUACAGCAAAAGAGUCCCCGUUGGCAAGAGACCUUACAUGGUGUACCUCCAGCUGACCAAGCAGUCUGCGAAAGCGCACAAGUACCGCGGCUGGCUCUGCGGCGGCGUCAUCGUCUCGCCGUACUACGUCCUGACAUCGGCGGCCUGCGUCGAGGACGCGGACCACUUCUACAUAGUCUCCGGCACCACCAAGUUCGUGGACAGCUUCGACUACAAGAGCGACGACUGCGUGUGCAAGCACAGGCGCAAGGUCGUCUGGAAGUGCGUGCCCAAAAACUACAAAUUCGACUUUCAAGACAGCAUCAAGUGGUCCUCAAACGAUAUCGCUAUAGUCAAAGUCAACAAGGCGUUCAAGUUCGGCGUGGUUGAGAAAGGCUGCGAAUUCGCUACGGAUCUAGUUUGCUACAACAAUGUCAGCAGGGAGCUAGAGAAAGCCGGCACUAAGGGCUACAUCGCAGGCUGGGGGAGCGGGAACACAUUCAGAGAAGGAGUUUACCGUCGCCAAGCGGUGCACAUACCGAAGAACGCGAAGUACCUCCAAGAAGCGAAGGUCUGCGUUAUGGAUAACGAGCAGUGCGCCAAGAAGUGGGCACAGAAGUUCAGGGACAUCAUCACUCAGUACAUGAUCUGCACCAAGGACGUGAUGAAGCGGCUCAGCGAGGUUUGCGAUAAAAAGUACGCAAACUGCACGGAAGUGGAGAGCCGUAGGGAAAACGACGAUGAUUUCCCCAUAGGCCCACAUAAUGUUGACUUGGGCAGGCAUUUGCGAGACCCCGACGAUUAUACUGCCAGACGGACUACCUCCGGAGGAUUCUGCGAGAAUGACCACGGAGGUCCGUUCGUGGUUAAAUACCAAGGGAAAGAGCGCGUCAUUGGAAAUGACCACGGAGGUCCGUUCGUGGUUAAAUACCAAGGGAAAGAGCGCGUCAUUGGAGUGAUCUCCGCUUGCAAAAUAGACCCGAAGACCCACAGCUGCCACGGGCCCUUCCUCUACACGUCCGUCUUCAAGAACAGGCAGUUUAUCUCAUGUGCCAUCAACAAAGAUGUCGAGGAGAAUUGCCGACGAGUGUUCAGAUCGGGCAUAACUCACGAGGAGUGGACCGUUAAUUGGGAAAAUGUCGACGAAGACGAUGACAACCGCGAUGUCAGCGGAGACGGAAGUUCCAAUGGCAGCGACGAAACACGUCAUCUCAAAGAUAACAACAAAUUCGACAAAAAAGAGAGCUCAGACGAUUCCAGCUCGAAUGAGAGUAAGGAGGCGGCCAAAACUAGCAAGAGGGACAAGAAAGAGAAGAAAGUGGAGAGGGAAUCGAGCAAUCGGAAGCGGGAGAAAGGGAAGAAGUCAAACAAGCGCGCCUCCAAGAAGCAGAAGUCCGACUCGAAGAAGGGGAAACGCAAUAAGGAAAGUGAGAAGCAAAAAGCCGACAACUUCUACGAGUCCAGCCGCGAUGAUAACAUCAACGACCCCGACAGCGAA